CCCCCUCGUUUGACAGCGCAUCAACUUCCGCCUGUUUUCGUUUUUGUCUCUCUCUUUUUCCGUCAACUUCGAUUGAAGAGACUGCACACUUUUCGUGUCAGCUUAAGAAAUUCAAUCAAUUUCGACAAAAACCCGAUAAAAUGGCCAAGCGUACCAGGAAAGUUGGAAUCGUCGGCAAGUAUGGUACCCGUUAUGGUGCCUCCCUGCGUAAGAUGGUGAAGAAGAUGGAAAUCACCCAACACGCCAAGUACACCUGCACAUUCUGCGGCAAGGAUGCCAUGAAGCGUUCCUGCGUCGGAAUCUGGUCCUGCAAGCGAUGCAAGCGCGUCGUCGCUGGCGGUGCCUGGGUGUACUCGACCACUGCGGCCGCCUCGGUGCGCUCGGCUGUCCGUCGUCUGCGUGAGCUGUAAGCGUCCAGGACUGUGUCCGCCGGGCGCUUGUCGGCUCUGCUGUUGAGGCGCCGUUUUUUCGUUGAUGCCGUUUGCCAGCUGUUGACAUUUUUCAACCCUAAACGACUUUUGUUAUAAAACCGGGAGGGAGGUUUUCCCGGCCCCGGACAGAAAGUGUAAACAAAUCAACGGAGGAUGUCGUCCCGGCUGAACGCCAAGUGUGUGUGAAUGUGGUAAAGAGAGAAAAUAAAAAGGCGAAAAACGUUCGGUGUCCAUCCGUGGGAGGAACGUAACCAAAAAGCAA